ACUAUUUAUUAGAAAGAAACAAAUAACGAAAAAUUUUCAAUAAUUUACUUGAUUAAUUAGUAGUAAAAAGAAAAACAGUCUAUAAACAUUCUACCGUGAGUACCAAAAAAAACAAGAAAAAAUGUUCACAUUAGAUAAAAUUGCAAAUCAAUUAGCUUAUCAAGAAAAAUCAAAUUGUGUAUUCGAACAAUUAGGUAAAUGCUCAAUAAAUCGUGAAAUGGGUAUCGUAUGCCGAGAACAUGCAAGACAAGUUUUCGGUAUUGGUUUGAUGAAUGCUGUUCUUGCGUUACCAACCGGCGAAACAAGACUUCAUGGACUUGUAGCGACUGAAGCACGUACAACAUUCUUACCGUUUCCUUACGAGUUUCAAUGGAAAGGUGGAGCGUUAAAUAAGGAUGAAAAACCGUGUCGUUUUAACCAAGAAGAAAUGAUCACUGUAAUUAAAGACUACGUUCGGCAAUCGGAAAUCUAUUCACCGGAAUUGGCUUUCAGAGUUGAAUCAGCAUUGUUGAGCUUAAUAUCUGAUGGUGCUAUGUAUAAUAAAGCACUACCUCAAGCAUCUUACAAUUAUCACGUGUUUUGCAACCAAAAUAUUAGAUCGUACUUGCUAAAACGAUGGAAAAACUGUUGGAUUGCCGUUAAACACUUCGAAAAAGGUGCAAAUAAUAAAAUUAAUAAAAAUGUCAUCAAAUUUGACGAGUACCCAGUUAACAAAUUGCCGGUAUUCUAUCAAAUAAUGCUCAUGUACUUACCAAUGAGCUAUAAUACUGUUGAUACCAACACAAACCCUGACGCAACGAUUACUUCUGAGUUAUUAACCCCCAGAGUUAUAUUAAAUGCCGAUCAACAUCGCUUUGAAUAUUGUAAUAAUCAAGAUCCAUCAAAAUUAUAUCUGUUACGAGGUAACGCUACCUCCGCAACUCCACUUGUACUGGCCGGUAGACAAGAACAUAAAUACAGUAUUGAGUUGUUUAAACAAAGUUCAUACUACACCUAUUCAUUGCUUGAUCAAUUCGAUACUUGUCCCCCUGGAAAUGUUUAAAAUCUUCCAAGUGUUUGAACAUUUUAAUCUUUUAUGUGUUUAAUCAAAACUAGCAAUUGAGAUUACUGAUCAUUUGAAAUUACAUUUAAUAAUAAAAUUUUUUUUUUAAA